UUAAAAAUUCAGAAUAAAGCUGAAAAUCUCAAUACAAUCGUUCAAUCGGAAAAUUGGUGCUCGAACCAGCUUUUUCCCUCUUUCCACCAAACUGUAAAAGAGGAUCCCCAGGGAGACGUGUCGAGGAUUUCUUGCACGAGCCCUUCAAUGCAGGCUGUACCUGAAGAGUGCACCAGCCCGGAGUCUAGCGGUAUGUCUGGCAACCCAUCUUCCCAAUCUGUAGAAAGUCGCCUUGAAGAUUCCAACAAUACCCGACUUGCAUCAGUAGAAGAGAACCAAGAGACCUCGGUCUCGUCCAUGUUCUAUUCUCCCUCCGCUCUUCCCCCCAAAAUCGAAUGCGAGGAUGAAACAGUUGAUGCAAGUUGGACUAAGCAGCUACACACAAGUAUUGACAUUAAGAGUGAACUCACUCCCCAGACGGAUGAGUCAGAACUCAGGUUGGGACGAGGAGGAGCAGAACACGAUUUGGAGAAUGAUAUUCGUGAUUUUGUCACCGUUACAGCGCGAGUGAAGAGGGAGAUCAUGAGCUCUCCACUUCCCGACCAAUGUAAUGAAAAUUGGUUUGACCUUUCACAAACGAAUAUCGAAUUUAAGCGGGAACCCUCUACCCAGACAAACGCAUCAGAAUCCGAGUUGGUCGAACAUAUUCGAACGCACACUGGUGAGAAACCAUUCACAUGCGGCGAGUGUACGAGCCUUUUUUCUUCCAAAAGCGCUUUAACAACUCACAUGCAAACGCACCCUGGCGAGGAACCAUUCAGUUGCAGUCAUUGCUCCUCCCAAUUCAGUAGAAAAGGCAAUUUAGCGAGACACAUGCGAGCGCAUACUGGUGAGAAACCAUUCACUUGCAGUCAUUGCACUGCAUGCUUCGCUCACAAACAGUCUUUGACGGCACAUAUUCGCACGCAUACUGGUGAGAAACCAUAUAGUUGCAGUCAUUGCACAGCAUGCUUUGCCCGCAAACAUUCUUUAACGGAACAUGUUCGUACGCAUACUGGUGAGAAACCAUUCAGUUGCAGUCAUUGCAAGGCAUUCUUCGCUCAAAAACAGUCUUUGACGGCACAUAUUCGCACGCAUACGGGUGAAAAACCAUAUAGUUGCAGUCAUUGCACAGCAUGCUUUGCUCGCAAAAAUACUUUAUCGAAACAUGUUCGAACGCAUACUGGUGAGAAACCAUUCAGUUGCAACCAUUGCACGGCCUCAUUUGCUCAGAAAAGUGUUUUGACAACACAUAUCCGGACGCAUACUGGAGAGAAACCAUUCAGUUGCAGUCAUUGCUCGGCCUCAUUUCUUAUGAAAAGUCCUUUGACAACACACAUGCGAACGCACACUGCCGAGAAACCAUAUAGUUGCAGUUAUUGCACGGCAUGCUUUUCUCAGAAAAAUAAUUUGAUAAUUCACAUCCGGACGCAUACUGGAGAGAAACCAUAUAGUUGCAGUCAUUGCUCCUCCCAAUUCAGUGUAGAAGGCAAUUUGAAGAAACGCAUCCGGAAGCACACUGGUGAGAAACCAUUCAGUUGCAGUCAUUGCUCCUCCCAAUUCAGUACAGAAGGCAAUUUCAAGAUACACAUGCGAACGAACACUGGCGAGAAACCAUUCAGUUGCAGUCAUUGCACGUCAUUCUUCGCUCAAAAACAGUCAUUGACGGCACAUAUUCGCACGCAUACUGGUGAAAAACCAUAUAGUUGCAGUCAUUGCACAGCAUGCUUUGCUCGCAAAAAAUAUUUAACGGAACAUGUUCGAACGCAUACUGGUGAGAAACCAUUCAGUUGCAACCAUUGCACGGCCUCAUUUGCUCAGAAAAGUGUUUUGACAACACAUAUCCGGACGCAUACUGGAGAGAAACCAUUCAGUUGCAGUCAUUGCUCGGCCUCAUUUGUUAAGAAAAGUCAUUUGACAACACACAUGCGGACGCAUACUGGUGAGAAACCAUUCAGUUGCAGUCAUUGCACUGCAUGCUUCGCUCGCAAACAGUCUUUAAUAGAACAUGUUCGUACGCACACUGGAGAGAAACCAUAUAGUUGCAGUUAUUGCACGGCAUGCUUUUCUCAGAAAAAUAAUUUGAUAAUUCACAUCCGGACGCAUACUGGAGAGAAACCAUAUAGUUGCAGUCAUUGCUCCUCCCAAUUCAGUAUAGAAGGCAAUUUGAAGAAACACAUGCGGAAGCACACUGGUGAGAAACCAUUCAGUUGCAGUCAUUGCUCCUCCUCCUUCCCUAGGAAAGAUAAUUUGAAGGUACACAUGCGAACGCAUACUGGUGAGAAACCAUAUAGUUGCAGUCAUUGCUCCUCCCAAUUCAGUAUAGAAGGCAAUUUGAAGAAACACAUGCGGAAACACACUGGUGAGAAACCAUUCAGUUGCAGUCAUUGCUCCUCCUCCUUCCCUAGGAAAGAGAAUUUGAAGGUACACAUGCGAACGCAUACUGAUGAGUAACUAUUCAGUUGCAGUUAUUGCUCCUCCCAAUUCAGUACAGAAGGCAAUUUUAAGAUACACAUGCGAACGCAUUGUUCGGCUCUCCUCUCCAAGAAUGUUACUUUAAAGAGACAUAUGCGAAUGUAUACUGGGGUAGAACCCUAGACUUGCACUCCCUGCUCAUCUCCUUUUCGGCAAAAGACGCAUUCGACGGAGCAUACUGCGGUCAGAGACAAGAGACCCUUCACUGACCUCCUGGCGACAAGAAGAAGCUUUUACUUUCGGGGAUUGAACAAAACCACAUGAACAAUGAUAAGGGAGCAAAGGUCGUCACCCAAAUAUCGGCUUUUGACCUGCCUAUAUGGGGGAUGAUGAGCUUCGGGUGACGUCAUGAGCCAAACAAGUUUCCCAAACUUCCGCCAUUUUCUGCUUGUUUGCAAAACGGAACUGCCAACACGUUCUUGAACAUCAACCGUGUAAGUAGGACCCGAAUAUAAUAUUUUCCAACAUGGCCAAGAUACUAUUGGAGGGUCUCUUGUUCCUGACUGCUAUAAACCAUACAUUUUCACUCAGUGCUCUUCCGUCUUGUCCAGGAAAAGUCCUUUAAAUGGACGCAUACGACACACACCGAUCGUGGAUCUUUUAGUUGCCGGCAUCGCUCUGCCUAGUUUUCUGAAAAAGGCUCUCCGGUGGUAAAUAUUCGAUCGCUUUCUGGAUAAAAAACCAUAAUUUUGAUGAUCAAACUAUAAGUUGAGACCAUACAGAUGACGUCCUUCGUAUUUUUGCCAUUCUAGCAUUGUUUAUCGUAAGCACCUACAUUUGUUAUGGAGUUCUUCUCCACUCUUCCCGGCUGUCGUGCGACUCCGCUUUCAUCGUAAAUUUUAUAGAGGAAACACGUCGCUCAUUGCUCUAAUUCCUGUCUUGGCUAGAGGCCCAAGACCUAUUGAGUAUGAAAGCUUGUUCCUAUUUUUGCUUCUUACUGACGUUAUUUUCUCUUCAUCAUAUUUUCGAAGAGAAUAUAUUGCAGAUAUUUCCAAUUGAAUUUUCGAAUACCUACUUCUUUAUGAGCGUUGUGAAAUCUCCCGUUAUUUUAUCAACUUUAUAAUUAAUCCUACCUCUGAAACUCCGGAAUAUAACAGAAAAUCCGAAAUUCGUAUUAUUUUUAAUAAACUAUUUUUGGAAUUCGGAUGAGAUUUCUCUAUCGUAAUUGAUAAGGCAAUGUCUAAUACUUGGAAUGCAUUUUGUAAUCAGGAAUUACAGCGUUUGGCUCACCUAUGAUAACACCGAUGUGCACAGAGGAACCUAUGGCUCAUAAAUAGUUGUUUCUAAACUGAGCCCGGAAUUUUAGUUUCGAAUUGCAAAAUUUAGUCCAAAUGUCCUGCCGCGCGAAGGAAGAGUGGCGUUUGAUCCUCUAGAAGUUGCCGUAUCUCCUUUGAUGAAAUAUGAAUUUUUAAGAAAAUUUGUGAAUAUUUUUUUAUCAAAUUUUGUCCUUCGCACACAGAUGUUUCUACUGAUGAGCAAAAAUGUGUAGUUCUGAAACUGGAAAUUUAGUCCAUUUAAGAUAGUUCCGUAAUGCAGAGUGCGAAAAAUCCCUCAAAGAUCCUGAAAUAUAGUUCAACAUACUUGCAUGAUGGUGGUCUAAAAAUUGGCUUUACUGCCAAUUUUUAGACUCCGUCUUUUGAAUGAAUGACGCAAUUUUCUGGGUCGUUUAAGACGUAGCUUUGUAACUGAUAUUUUGUUCCUAAUCCGAAAAGAAUAAUAUAAAUAUGUCCAUUAUUUGUUAGAUCUCCGGUGAAAACCCAUUGUUUUCCCGUCGUUUCUGUAUUUCCACUUCUCUCAGUGUUAAUGUGUGUAAAUUUUGUACCUCUAAUAAAGUUGUAGAUAAAAAAGUCCAUUUAAA